AUGGAUAUGCACGGCGGCCACGAUGGAAUGACAAUGGCACCAAACUCAUCAUCAUCCACCAAUGGCACGAUGAUGACGGGUCAAAAGAUGCACGACAUGAUGCACAUGACAUUUUAUUGGGGAAAGGACGCGUUGAUUCUCUUCGACCAAUGGCCUGCUGGUAAUUCUGGUAUGUAUGCAUUGGCCUUGAUCAUUGUUUUCUUCAUGUCGGUAUUCAUCGAGUUACUCUCCCACACCCGGAUCAUCAAACCCGGUUCAAACCUUGUUGUUGCCGGUCUGGUUCAGACCCUUUUGCAUGUUCUUAGGGUUGGCCUAGCUUAUUUGGUUAUGUUGGCACUCAUGUCUUUCAAUGGAGGUGUGUUCUUGGUUGCUGUGCUUGGUCAUGCUCUUGGUUUCUUCUUCUCUGGCAGUGGUUUCAGAAAACAACACCACGAUGAGCCUUAUGAUCUUCCUCCAAUGUCUUGUUAA